AUAGAAAAAACGUAUAGUCCUGCGUCAGUUAACGGAAUAUGGACUACCGACUAGUAGUGACUGUUUUGCUCCUACAUGUGCCUCUUCUUUGCAUGGCCACCAACAAUUUUGCCCCAACCAUUAAGAAUGCAACGGUUGAUAAUAAUUCAACGAACAGUGGAACUUUUUCAAAUACAACAUCAAAUUCUCCGUUUCCAGAGAAAAUAUUUUGCGAUUUCUAUACUGAAUGGACAAAUUGGUCAAAAUGCAACAGAAACUGCAUGCAGACGCGCAUGCGCAAAUGUCGCAAAAAAGACGUCUGUGGAAAAUCAAGAUUCAAAGAAAAACAAUCAUGCAAACACCAUACCAGGCAAUGUCCCGAUCAUUCUUUUAAGAUUAUUGGUUCUAGCUUACGAAAUAGAAGGAUAGAGGAUCGUUUAUAUGACAUUUUCUAUCAUUCUUGGACAGCUUGGACAGCAUGUAGUGGUGAUUGCAAAACAAGGCGACGCCGGAAGUGCAAGACUGAUAUCUGCACUGGAGGAUUUUUGGAGGAAGAAAAAUCUUGCAAGAGUACUUCCAAGUGCAACAAGAUAAUGUCAUUUCAUGUUAAAAACCGACCCAAAAAUAGGAAAGACAAACUCAAGACUUUGAAGGGUUUGCAAAGUGUCUGUGGAAUAAGACCUAACACAAGAACCCCUCGCAUUGUGGGAGGACAUGAGAGUAUUCCACACAGCUGGCCCUGGCAGGUUGAGAUUUUGACGAAAAGGAAGCGACACUUUUGCGGUGGAACUCUGAUAUCUCCACGCUGGGUAUUGACCGCUGCCCACUGCAUCGUUAAAAAGGGAAGAAAGCGAAAAGUAGUUGUUCGCGUUGGCGAACACGAUACCGAUGUUCGAGAAGGCACAGAAAAGGAUAUAAGCGUCAUUCGAUAUCUGCCGCAUCCAACAUUUAACUAUGCAUUAGUUGCCAAUGACAUAGCUCUUCUCAAACUUUCCAAACCUGUACAUAUUUCAAAUAGUACAGGAUAUGCUUGUUUACCCAAAAAGGGUAAAAAAUUUAGAGUGAAAGCAGGGACCUUAUGCAGUACACUUGGUUGGGGUAAGACAAAUAUUACAGCACCUCAUAACAACAAAGUGUUAUAUGAAGUUCAAGUUCCAAUAGUUAAGAAAAAGAAGUGCAAAAAGGCAUUUUCCUUUAGAGUGACAAACUCUCAGUUGUGCGCAGGCUAUUCUAAAGGCCAAAAAGACGCUUGUACUGGCGACAGUGGAGGACCAUUACUUUGUGUUAAGUCACGUGGUCAUUAUGACAGGAAGUGGUACGUGAAUGGUGUUACUAGUUAUGGUGAAGGUUGUGGACAAAAACGGAAGUUUGGAAUUUACACAGACGUCAGUAAAUUCUAUCGAUGGAUUGUUAAAAAUAUCUCUAAAGGCUUAUAGUGAAUGUACAUUGUUAUCAAGUAUUAUACGCACACAUUACGUUUUGUGUCCACUGACGUUAAUUAAGUGAAUUGAUGAGUUAGUUGGGAACAGCCAGUACGACAACUAUAGCAAUGAUUCAUUGCUUUUUUCCCUUUUUAAAUUUUGUUUCAAAUGUUUAGAAUUUAUGUCUCUGAAACUUGAUUAUAAACUGAAUUGCUAUUGGCUGGCUCUCAGAAAGCUCACAAUUUUUAAAAUUUGAGCUGCGACUUCAAAACCAUAAAAAAAUAAUUAUCAUUUAUUAAUGUUAUCAUAUUAUAAUAUUGAAUUUAUUAAGGCUAUGGCAGUAUGAAAAAUGCAUAAUCAAUGAUGUUCGUUUGUCUGUGCAAGUCAGUCGUUCAUUGCUCAGCUCAUACAUAUGACUGGGUCUGAGGAAACGUGUCGGUAAGAAAUUAUACCUUGAAAAAUUAAGAAAUGACAUAUUUCUACGUAGUAUUUUGGCGUUCCUGACUCUAUUCUCAAGAACAAAAGGUACAUCAUUGUAAGUGGGUCUUCCAGUUUAACAAGGUCAAAAUACGUGACAGGAAGUGCUUAAAAAUUGCUGAAUAGGCAAGCACUGGUACUUAUUUUGCACUCUUAGGCUACAAGGUUAUAUUUUUUGCUAUGAAACCCAAGAAAAUAUAGUAUCUUAAACAAGAAUUUCUGUUUACUAACUUUAUAGCUGAUGACUACAGAAUUACCCCGCACAAUUUUCUAGUUGUCUCU